AUGGAUAAUGUAAAGCAUAUAGGAAUAAAACUUUGCCAGAUUAAAGAAUGUGAUAAAUUCUUGGAUUUCAAUUCAAAUAUCAUUCAGAAUGAUUCAAGUCAAGCUGCAGAAAAGAAAUCCCACAAAUGUAGUGAUUGUAGCAAGUCCUAUAGCAAACUUUCAUACUUUCAUAUUCAUCACAGAAUGAAUAUGAGAGAGAACCCUUAUAAAUGUGAAGAAUGUGGAAAAUCCUUUAGGAAAAGUUCAUCCCUUCAAGUUCACCAGAGAAUCCAUAUAGGAAAGAAACCUCAUAAAUGUGAUGAAUGUGGAAAGCACUUUACUAAGGGCUCAUCUCUUCAUGUUCAUCAGAGAAUACAUACUGGAGAGAAACCUUAUAAAUGUGAUGACUGUGGAAAGUACUUUGUUAAGUCCUCCAACCUUCAAUGUCAUAGGAGAGUCCAUACUGGAGAGAAACCUUAUAAAUGUGAAGACUGUGGAAAGUCUUUUGUUAAUUCCUCCAAUCUUCAAUGUCAUAGGAGAAUCCAUACUGGAGAGAAACCUUACAAAUGUGAUGAAUGUGGAAAGUCCUUUGUCCAGUCCUCCAAUCUUCAAUGUCAUAAGAAAAUCCAUACUGGAGAAAAACCUUAUAAAUGUGAUGACUGUGGAAACUCCUUUGUCAAGUCGUCCCAUCUUCAAUAUCAUAGGAAAAUCCAUACUGGAAAGAAACCUUAUAAAUGUGAUGGCUGUGGAAAGUACUUCAGGGAUGGAUCAUCUCUUCAUGUUCAUCAGAGAAUCCAUACUGGAGAAAAACCUUAUAAAUGUGAUGAAUGUGGAAAGUCCUUUGUCAAGUCCUCCCAUCUUCAAUAUCAUAGGAGAACCCAUACUGGAGAGAAACCUUAUAAAUGUGAUGGCUGUGGAAAGUACUUUAGGGAUGGAUCAUCUCUUCAUGUUCAUCGGAGAAUCCAUACUGGAGAAAAACCUUAUAAAUGUGACGAAUGUGGAAAGUCCUUUGUCCAGUCCUCUCAUCUUCAGUGUCAUAGGAGAACGCAUACUGGAGAGAAACCCUAUAAAUGUGAUGGCUGUGGAAAGUGUUUUAGUGAUGUCUCAUCUCUUCAUGUUCAUCAUAGAAUCCAUACUGGAGAAAAAACUUAUAAAUGUUAUGACUGUGGAAAAUGCUUUAGGCAUGGCUCAUCUCUUCAUGUUCAUCAGAGAAUCCAUACUAAAGACAAACCAUAG